AUGCCAACGCCCAACGUUAAUGUGCCUGCUAAAGUUCAGGCGCGUGUCACCCUGGCGGCACCCGCGAACCUGCAGAAGCCCGUUAACAUGUCGGAACCGAACAUAAAGGAUCCCGCUAAGGUUCAGGCGCGUGUUAGCCUGGCGGCGCCCGCAAACCUGCAGAAGCCCGUGAACAUGCCAACGCCCAGCGUUAAGGUGCCUGCUAAGGUUGAGGCGCGUGUCAGCCUGGCGGCGCCCGCAAACCUACGGAAACCCGGGAACAGGCCCACACUAAACACUAAAACUCCUGCUACGCUUCAGGCGCGCGUCAGUCUAACGGCGCCCGCGAACAUGCCGGCGCCCAGCCUUCCGGCGGCUUCGAAUCCUCCGGCGCCCGCGAAACUGCUGGUUACCGCAAAGCUUCCGACGUCCGCGAACCAGUCAGUGCUGAACUUUACAGAGACCCAGAAACCUUCAGUGCCCGGGAACUCUCCGGCACCUGCGAACUUGCCGAAGCCAGCGGACAUGCCGGCACCUAACGUUUCUUCCCCCGCGAAGAUUCAGCCGCGUGUGAGUCUGCUGGCGUCCGCGAACAUGUCAGCACCGAAAAUCCCAGAGCCCGAGAAACCUCCAGCGCUCGAGAACCUGCCGAAGCCCGCCAGCGUACCAGCACCAAACCUUCCGGAACCCACAAAAAUUCCAAUUACCGCGAAAGUGCUGGCACCCGAAAAGCUUCUGGUAUCUGAGAACAUGCCAGCAUUGAGAAUUCCACAGCCCGGGAAUCUUCCAGCAACCGCAAACCCUCCGGCGCCCCAGAACCUGCCGAAGCCUGCCAAUCUGCCGAAGCCCGUCAACCUGCAGCUGGCACCCGACUUUCCGACGCCCACGAACCUUCCGGCGUCCACGAACCUGUUGGCGGCCGAGAAGCCGCCGGCCAAAAAGCUUCCGGCAUCCGCGAACAUGCCAGUGCUGAGCAUUCCAGAGUACAGGAACGGUUCAGCAUCAACGAACCAUACGGCGCACGAUAACCUGCUUUUGCCCGCUAAGCUUCAGGCACAUGUCACCCUGGUGGCACCCGCAAACAUGCCGGCACUCAACUUUCCGGCGCACGCAAACCCUCCGGCGCCCAUGAACCAGCCGGUACCCAAGGAGCCGCCGCGCGUGAACCUGCUGGCGCCCGCAAAUCUUGUGGAGCUCGCGAACCUGCCGAUCAACGCGAAUUUUCCAGCACCCAAUUUUUCGGUGUCCACCUACCUUCCAGCGACAGCGAACCUGCUGGCGCCCGCGAGCGUGACUGAGCCAGCGAGGAUCCUGGUGGCGCCUUCGAACCUGUCGGAGCCGUCGGGGAAUGGCAGCGUCAAAGAGCUGGCCCCUUUAGCCAGUCACCUUGACGUUGCCUGUCCGCAGGAGCAGCAGUGCGAGCCAUCAGACUUCGACACCUUCUAUGACCCCUACACUAAUGAGGCGUCAUACCAAGCGGCCGGCCGAGGCGCCCGAAUCCCAAGGAAGUCCGUGCACGGGUGGCUCGUGCAGCAUGACGAAGAUGGCAACGUUUGCUACCAGUUGGGUCGCGGCCGACCCUUGUUCUGACCCUGGGACCACCGAAGGCUUUUUUUUU